UUCAGAUCGAUCCAUCCUAUCCGACAGGAAGAAUUAAUGGCGAAGGGAGGAAAGCAGAAAAGGACUGAAGCCGAUGAAGCAGGAAAACUAAGAGGACCAGGCCGUCCGCCACUGCCCAAAGGAGAAAGUAGGAGAAGGAGAAAUGAACAUAGUAAGAAAAGUCGGGCAAAUAAGAAGUUUGAACGUGAAAGAUUUGAGGCCUUUGUUACCCAGCCCGGAAUUAUAGACAAGUAUGAAGCCUUUAAAGAAGAUUACAACAAAAGAAAUGGAGAAAGUUCAAAGAAGGAUGGAACAAACAAAUCCUUUGAUGUUGAAAUGUUGACAGGAUCCUCAAAUGUUGCCUCCAAUAAUGAGGGAGAAUUGCAGUCCAGCUGUACUUGGACUAUGCCGUUAACUGUGGGUGCCAUGAAUUCCACUGGAAUAGGCACCCGAUCUGAGCCAUCAAUAUGGGGGAGAGAGGAAGAACUGGCUGAAGUCCGAAAGGGCAAAAUGGCUGCAACUGGUGGCAAUUGUACUCCGCCUCAUUUCCCAAUGAGUGGUUCUCAAUCUAGUGAGUUUAUGGUUAGCGCUAACCAGACUGCACAUCAAUCAGCCUUCACAGGCGACAGCAAUUGGAAAGUGGUGCAAUAUGCACAAAAGCAGCACGAUACUUCUGUUGCUAAGCGCCCAUCCAGCCAUGGAUUGGACCAGAUACAGUUGCAACACCAAAUAUCAGAGAUGCAAGCACAGCUGCAGUGGAUGGUGGAUAAUUUUAAUACUAUGGUUCAGAGGUCCGUGGUAGCACUUGCACCGUGUGGAUUUUUCCAACAGACAAAUGCCUCUACUGUCUCUCCUGCAGAGCCUCAUCGUGACCUUCUUAGCAUGAGAGGAGGAACUAAUGCUGCUGCUGGAUCCUCUGGUGAUCCCACAAACCAGUCCUUCCCACACAAUGAAGAGUCUCUUUAUCUUUGGAUGAGAUGUUGUACGUCUCUUGGAGGGGAUUUAGCUCUGUUUUGCACUGAUACUGUUGAUGCUUGUUGUCUACAUUUUGUCUAUGGGAUGUUUGAUAGACGAGAUAAGAAGGUUAUUAUUAGAAAAACAGAUGAUGGGUGUUUGAGGCCAAGCAGCUUGCUCUGGAUAGUUUGCAGAGUUCUGUUUACUGUUUGUAAGAGUGAAUUCAUUAGUCUUCAGAAAUGGCAAGAACUGUUUGUGAAAUUUUGUGAGGAUGUGAAAAUUACUGAGAAGUUCAAAGCCUUUUAUUUAAAGGAACAGAGAGAAAGGAUAUUCAGUGAAGAAUUGGACAAGCUUGGGAAAGCUAUAGUGGAAGAUUUAGCAAACCAAUACUUUGACAAGGACCUGUCAGUAACUUCGGACGAGAACCUUGAAAUUGAAAUGACUCAAACAGGGGGACUAAAAGGUGUCACUGACAUGAGUUCAAGUAGCUUUGGAGCAAUGGGAAUCACAUUUGAGCCACAAGGGAAGAUCACUAAUGAUGACCUUGGACAAGGGAGCAUUGAUGAACUUAGUUUGGACGAUCUUCUUCAGGAUGUACCACUCGAUUCCCAUGCCUGGGAUACUCUUCUAAACUCUUUGCUGGAAUCAGAAGUGUUCACAGGAAAUUUGGCGGGAUCCUCAAAUGUUGCCUCAACUGGUGGAGGUAAGCCUCAUCAUGACCAUCUUGGCACACCAGGAGAAACUACUGCUGCCGCUGGAUCCUCCGGUGGUCCUACCACCCAGUUCUCACCACACAAUGAAAAGUUUUAACUUUCUCUUGAUCCCCACUUUUAUGUCAUUUCUUACGGGUAAUGUCACAUGGAUGAUUCAGGAUUUUAUGUUUAUGUUGGCUUAUCGUAGCUAUGGAUUAUGUUGGAGCAGCUAUUACCUAGAAUGAUAUGAACUUAAUUACAUGAACACUAACUAGGUGGCUGUGUUGAAUGGGAUAUUUGCACUGGAUGUUAAUUAUACAAAUGCAAUACAGUCUAGAAAUCUGA